CAUUCGUUUCCUUUCCAUAUGAUUGGCUAAGAAGUUACCAUGGAAAUAAGUGACGCUCUGCAUUCUACCGCCCAUGGUUGCCUUGGGUACACGCAUGCGCAGUAAGGGGCUGCACAGGCUACAGUAUGAAGCGGGUGUUUUCUUUGACGGAUAAGGCAUUGCUUGGACAUCCCAUCCAGUUUGUCUGGCAGAAGACGUUAGGAAAUUACAUUGUGGUCACAGGAGCGGAUCACACAGUGAAAAUCUAUGAUCGUCAUGGCCAGAAGAAAAAUGAAAUCAAUUUACCAGGCACGUGCCUCUCUAUGGAUUGGGACAAAGAUGGCAACGCUUUGGCUAUUGUUGCUGAAAAAUCAAGCUCCAUCUACAUGUGGGAUCCUAAUAACCAUAAAACCAGCCAGUUAGACAGUGGCAUGAGAGAUCAAAUGUCUUUCCUGCUGUGGUCCAAGGCUGGCUCGUUACUAGCUGUGGGGACAUCCAAGGGGAACUUACUGAUUUACAAUCUCCAGACCUCACGGAAGGUGCCUGUCCUUGGUAAACACACCAGACGGAUCACCUGUGGGUGCUGGAGCUCUCAAAAUCUGCUGGCGCUAGGGGGUGAAGAUAAAAUGAUUACUAUCAGCAAUCAGGAAGGGGACACAAUCAGACAAACUUCAGUGAGAAUGGACCCGAGCGAUAUCCAGUUCUCAGUGAUGAAGACAGAUGAACGCUCAUCCCCAGGAGAAAGCACAGUGAGCGUUGUUGUGGGGAAGAAAACUUUGUUCCUGUUCAAUCUGAAUGACCCGGACAACCCAAUAGAACUGGCCUUCCAACAGCGCUAUGGCUCCAUUGUGUCCCAUAGAUGGGCUACUAAUAUUUAUAUGCAGGGCGAUAGGCCAGGUGGCCUGCUGGCCCGCUUGGUGCACAGUGACCGCCCAGGAUCUACCAUUGCCCAGAUGACCGGUAGCGAUGGCUCCCUUGUGAACACCACGCCGGACAUUGCGCAGCUAUUCCGCUCUUACUAUGCUGAGGUCUACAGUUCACAACUGGUAGACUCGGCAUCAGACAUCUCCGCUUAUUUAAGAAAUAUUCCCCUACCCACACUCUCCUCGGAGGCCUCUGAGGUGUUGGAGGCACCCCUGACUCUGGAUGAGGUAACGGCAGCUAUUGGCUUGUCUCCCAACGGCAAGGCACCGGGCUAUGAUGGCAUCCCCUCAGAGGUAUACAAGACCCACAUUGAUUUCUUUGGUCCUCGGCUUCACGCCCUAUAUUCAGAUAUUUUUGUUAAUGAUCAACUUCCCCCCUCUAUGGCGGAGGCGGUUAUUAUAGUAAUCCCGAAGCCCGGAAAGGACCCUAAAUCCCCAGAAUCCUAUAGACCGAUAUCAUUGAUUCCCACCGACGCUAAGAUUCUGGCCAAGAUUUUAGCUGUUCGACUUAACACAGUAAUCACCUCCAUUAUCCACUCCGACCAGACUGGCUUUAUGCCAGGGAUGUCCACUUCUAUUAACCUACGUAGAUUAUAUACCAUUUUACAAGUCCCGCAUGACUUUCCCUCCGACUCGGUAGUGGUCUCACUGGAUGCCGCUAAGGCAUUUGACAGUAUUGAGUGGUCCUAUCUAUGGGAAGUCAUGACAUGUAUGGGAUUCGGACCUAAUUUUAUAAGAUGGGUUAAAUUACUUUAUCAACACCCGACCGCCAGGAUCUCGGUGAACGGCUAUGUAUCUCCCUCGUUCCGCUUGUAUCGCGGGACCAGACAGGGAUGCCCUCUGUCCCCAACCCUGUUUGCCCUGGCCAUCGAGCCUUUAGCCUGUCUAAUAAGGUCCCAUCCGGGUAUAGUGGGCAUUCAUACUGGCCCUCGGGAGGACAGGAUUGCCCUCUACGCGGACGACAUGCUGCUGUUCUUGCAGGAUUACACCAAGUCUAUGCCUAUAUUGUUGCAAUUGAUUGAGGAGUUCGAUUUGCUCCAGAUUGUUAAAGUUGGUUGGAUGACACUAGUGGACUACAUUGUUCAAAUAGUGCCACAGAUUCUUAGUUGGAUAGAGCUGGACUUUGACUUGGCUAAUGGGUCUCAGACAAGUUUCCGUUAUAUGUGUUAUGCAGGGGUGCAGAGGCUGAAGGAUAUGGAAUAUCUGGGGACGGUUGCCAGCAUGUGCUUAAAUUCUGAUUAUGCUACCGCUCUGUUUGAGGGAAAAGUGCAGCUACAUAUGAUCGAAAGUGAGUCUCUGGAGGCUCAAGAAGAGAGGGAGACCCGUCUCUUCCCGUCAACAGAUGAGAAGUAUCGGAUACUGUGCCAUGCGCUGACCGGAGACUUUCUUGUUUAUGGGACUAAUACUGGACUCGUUAAGUACUUUUACCUUGAAGACUGGCAGUAUGUGAAUGAAUAUCGGCACCCGGUCAGCGUGAAGAAGGUCUUUCCUGAUCUGUCUGGAACUAGAUUGGUUUUAAUUGAUGAGAAGACUGAAGGCUUUGUAUAUUGCCCACUAAAUGACAAUUUGUACGAGAUUCCGAACUUCUCUCCGACAAUUAAAGGCAUCUUAUGGGAGAACUGGGCAUUGGAUAAAGGGGUCUUUUGUGCGUUUGACGAUGAUAAAGUGUUUACUUAUGUCUUUCAUAAAGAUACCAUACAAGGCUCCAAAGUAAUUUUAGCGGGUGGUACCAAGCUGCCUUAUGGCCAUAAGCCGAUUCUCUUACACAAUGGGGAACUGACCUGCCAGACCCAGAGUGGGAUGUUGAACAGUAUCUAUCUAAGCACUCACAACUUCCUCGUCAACAUGAAAGAUGCAGAUUCCAAAGAGCUGGUGAAAAUGCUAACACAGGCUCUCAUGCUGCGAAGGUUCUCUGAUGCCUGGGACAUCUGCAACCUGCUGAGCACACAGGAGAGCUGGAAUGAGCUAGCCCGGGCCUGCCUGCACCACAUGGAGGUGGACUUUGCAGUUCGUGUUUACCGGAACAUUGGAAACGUUGGCAUGGUGAUGUCUCUUGAACAAAUAAAGGGAAUAGAAGAUCACAACCUGCUAGCAGGCCAUCUUGCCAUGUUCACCAAUGACUUCAACUUAGCUCAGGAUCUCUACCUGGCAUCAAGCAGUCCUAUAUGUGCACUUGAGGUCAGACGAGACUUGCAGCAUUGGGACAGCGCACUACAACUGGCGAAACGCCUGGCUCCCAACCAGAUACCGUUUAUAUCCAAGGAAUAUGCCAUACAGCUGGAGUUCACCGGGGACUAUGUUAAUGCGCUUGCUCAUUAUGAGAAAGGAAUGACAGGAGACAACGUGCAGUAUCAGGAACACGAUGAAACGUGCCUCGCUGGAGUAGCGCGAAUGUCCAUCCGCAUGGGCGAUAUACGGCGCGGGGUGAAUCAGGCGCUCAAACACCCCAGCAGACUGCUGAAGAAAGACUGCGGCGCAAUACUGGAAAGCAUGAAGCAAUUGUCAGAGGCAGCCCAGCUGUAUGAGAAGGGACAGUACUAUGACAAAGCAGCCUCUGUUUAUAUCCGAUGUAAAAACUGGGCGAAGGUGGGAGAGCUGCUUCCCAAUGUGUCGUCUCCAAAGAUCCACCUACAGUAUGCAAAAGCAAAGGAAGCUGACGGGAAGUAUAAAGAGGCGGCCUUGGCUUAUGAGAACGCACGAGACUGGGAUAACGUCAUACGCAUCUAUUUGGAUCACUUAAAUAAUCCGGAAAAAGCGGUUGGGAUAGUGAAAGAGACUCAGUCGCUGGAAGGAGCCAAGAUGGUAGCCAGAUUCUUCCUCCGUCUCAGCGACUAUGGCUCAGCAAUACAAUUCCUAGUCCUAUCCAAAUGUAACAAUGAGGCGUUCCAGCUGGCCCGGCAACACAACCAGAUGGAGAUCUACGCUGAUGUUAUAGGAUCCGAGAACACCAGUAAUGAGGAUUACCAGAGUAUUGCCCUGUACUUCGAGGGGGAGAAGAAGCAUUUUCAAGCUGGGAAGUUUUUUCUGCUCUGUGGACAGCAUGCGAGGGCAUUAAAACACUUCUUAAAGUGCUCAGCUAGCGAUGAAAACACAGCAAUAGAAAUGGCAAUUGAAACGGUUGGACAGGCCAAAGAGGAGCCGCUGACCAAUCAGUUGAUAGACUAUCUAAUGGGGGAGAAUGACGGCAUGCCGAAGGAUGCAAAGUAUCUCUUCCGCCUGUACAUGGCUCUGAAGCAAUACAGAGAGGCGGCCCGCACAGCCAUCAUCAUAGCCCGGGAGGAGCAGUCUGCAGGUAAUUACCGAAAUGCGCAUGACGUGCUCUUCAGUAUGUACAUGGAACUGAAAACACAGAAAAUUAAGAUCCCUGCAGAAAUGGUGACAAACCUGAUGAUACUGCACAGCUACAUCCUGGUCAAGAUCCAUGUUAAGCGCGGGGACCAUUUGAAAGGAGCUCGCAUGCUGAUACGUGUUGCUAAUAAUAUCAGUAAAUUCCCUUCCCACAUAGUCCCAAUCCUGACCUCCACCGUAAUUGAGUGUCACAGAGCCGGGCUGAAGAAUUCUGCCUUUAGUUUUGCAGCCAUGCUGAUGAGGCCUGAGUAUCGCAACAAAAUAGAUGCGAAGUAUAAGAAGAAGAUAGAGGCAAUGGUCAGACGACCAGACACGUCUGAGCUGGAGGAAGAAACUGCUCCUUGUCCAUUCUGUGACUUCAAGCUCCCUGAGUGUGAACUUCUCUGCCCUGGGUGCAAGAAUAACCUGCCAUACUGUAUAGCUACUGGUCGGCACAUGAUCAAAGAGGACUGGUGCGUCUGCCCCCACUGUGAGUUCCCAGCCCUGUACCCAGAGUUCAGAAUACUGCUGGAGUCAGAAAGCACCUGCCCCAUGUGUUCCGAGAAGGUGACGGCCAGCCAGCUGAAGAAGGUGCAGGAUUGCUCGGUGUAUCUCAGACAGGAGCAGGAUGAUCAGUAACACAUGGAUGGUGGCACCAGCUCCGAUCCAAAUUACCAUCUGAUUUUUAUAAAUACCUGUUACUCUGUAAUUAAUUCUGUGUAUCUUGUGAAGUGAAUAGUUUGAAAUGUGUUUAAUGGAAAUAUUUUGAUAAUGUUUUUAUAAUAAACAAGUUGCCUGUA